CCAAGAAAGCAAUGGCAAUGGCUACCUCGCUCUCUUCAAUUUCACUCUCCUGUUCGUGUUCACCAACUCUAAAUACACUCUUCCUUACCAGAACGCUACCACUUUCGCGCCCUAUCUCCCUCCCUUUUCUCCCUCUCUCUAAAACCCUAAAUUCUCUCUCCCACCGCCGCCGCUGCACAUUCGCCGUACGCGCCGAAUCCCAAAACGGCGUCGACCCCGUCCGUCAUUACGACUUCGACCUUUUCACCAUCGGCGCCGGAAGCGGUGGCGUCCGAGCCUCUCGCUUCGCUGCCAGUUACGGCGCUUCGGCUGCUAUAUGCGAGCUCCCUUUCUCCACCAUCUCCUCCGAUACCACCGGAGGAGUCGGCGGAACUUGUGUAAUACGUGGAUGUGUGCCAAAGAAGUUGUUUGUCUACGCAUCAAAAUAUUCUCAUGAAUUUGAAGAAAGUAAUGGUUUUGGAUGGAAAUAUGACAGUGAACCCAAGCAUGAUUGGAGUAGUUUGAUAGCUAAUAAAAAUGCUGAGUUGCAGCGUCUUACUGGUAUCUACAAGAAUAUUUUGAAAAAUUCUGGUGUCAAGCUGAUUGAAGGCCAUGGAAAGAUUAUAGAUCCUCACACGGUUGAUGUUGAUGGGAAGCUAUAUUCAGCAAAACACAUUUUAGUUGCAGUUGGGGGUCGCCCCUUCAUUCCUGAUUUUCCUGGAAAGGAACAUGCAAUAGAUUCAGAUGCUGCCCUUGAUUUACCAUCAAAACCUGAGAAAAUAGCUAUUGUUGGUGGUGGUUACAUUGCGUUGGAGUUUGCUGGUAUUUUUAAUGGUUUGAGAAGCGAGGUUCAUGUAUUUAUUCGGCAAAAGAAGGUUUUACGUGGAUUUGAUGAAGAGAUUAGAGAUUUUGUUGCAGAACAGAUGUCUCUCAGAGGUAUUGAAUUCCAUACUGAGGAGUCUCCCCAAGCUAUUGUGAAGUCAGCUGAUGGCUCAUUCUCUUUAAAGACCAACAAAGGUACAGUGGAAGGUUUCUCACAUAUUAUGUUUGCUACAGGACGCAGACCUAAUACUAAGAAUUUAGGGCUGGAGUCUGUUGGUGUGAAAAUGACUAAAGACGGAGCAAUAGAGGUUGAUGAAUACUCUCGAACAUCAGUUCCUUCAAUUUGGGCAGUUGGAGAUGUUACAAACAGGAUAAAUCUCACUCCAGUUGCUUUGAUGGAGGGAAUGGCGUUAACAAAAACACUGUUUCAGGAUGAGCCAACAAAACCUAAUUAUAGAGCUGUUCCUUCUGCUGUGUUUUCCCAACCACCAAUUGGACAAGUUGGUCUUACAGAGGAACAGGCUGUACAGCAGUAUGGUGAUAUUGACAUCUUCACAGCAAAUUUUAGGCCACUAAAGGCUACCCUCUCUGGGCUUCCAGACCGGGUUUUAAUGAAAUUAGUAGUCUGUGCAAAAACAAAUGAAGUUCUUGGUUUGCACAUGUGUGGAGAUGAUGCUGCUGAAAUUGUGCAGGGAUUUGCAGUUGCGAUUAAAGCUGGAUUGACCAAGGCAGACUUUGAUGCCACUGUAGGCAUUCACCCAACUGCAGCUGAAGAAUUUGUCACCAUGAGGACUCCCACUAGGAAGAUCCGAAAGAGCCAACCUUCUGAGGGAAAGUCAGAUUCUGAAGUAAAAGCUGCUGCAGGGGUUUAACGAUAUUACUUUGCUUAAAUUGUUAUAACUUAAACCAGCGGUGCCUUAAAGGCAGGUUGUCACUAUGUAAAAUUGGCAUUGUUGUCAAAUUAUUAGGAAGAAAUUGAGAAUGAUCUUCAGCAACUGAGCUUUCAGGACAAUACUUGAGGUCGUCGUGAUUCUUUAGUCUUGCAAUGUAAUUAUGUUUUACAGUUUGGAGCCUGGAGAAGAGGAGAGUGGAAUUUUGGGAACUAUUAUAUGCCAUUUGUAAUAUAAAUUUUACCUUUCUCCCAAACCUUUCCAUAUACAAAAUCAAGGGGAAAUUUCGUGAGGGAAUUCGGUUUUAAAUAAUCUAUCUGCUUUGAAUUUGAAGUAGUUGGAAUUGAGACUGGUAACAGUGGUCAGGAUGAGUGAUUUUUUUUUUCUUUUUUGUUAUAAAUAUAACAUUAUCCUUCUCUAUAUUCGUAAUUCCAGCUCGAAAGUUUAUCCA